UCGCGGUGUGGUCGCUCGCUGCGCCCGCGCCACUCUGCCACCGCAGCCGGACAGACGCGGACGUUCGCGCCACUUUUUGACAGCUGUCAGAUUGAUCGUAUCUUGUAAUCGCGAGUGUUUCUAUUGACAUUUUCUUGUAUCUCAGUUAUCUGUGACACGAAGUUUGUUGUUUAUUUGGAGUGUGUCGAAAGCCGUGAGCAAUGAACCACAUGGAUCAUAUGGACCACAUGGACCACGGCCAGCACCCCGGCCACGAUGGACACGACGGCCACGACAUGCACGACGACCCCUGCGCACACGCAGGCCACGGACACGCCAUGGUGUUCCACGCAGGCGUGUGCCAGGAGAUCCUGUUCAGCGGUUGGAUGACAACCAACGCGCUGGAGCUGUUCGGGUCAGCAGUGGCUAUCUUCUUCGCCGGAGUGUUAUAUGAGGGCCUCAAGUACUUCCGUGAGGCCCUGCACGCAAGGGCUUCGUCCUCCACCGGCGACUCCAGGGUCAACAUCACCAAGAGCGAGUGCGGAGCUAACGGACCCUGCGGGGGAACUGCUGUCGUCAAAUACACGAUGUUCUCGUCGGGCCACGUGAUACAGACGUUGCUACACUUCCUACAGUCGACCGCUUCCUACACGCUGAUGUUGGUGUUCAUGACGUACAACGUGUGGCUUUGCAUCGCGCUGGUGCUGGGCCUGGCUGUCGGAUACUUCUUCUUCGGCUGGCGGAAGAACACCGUCGUGGACGUCAACGAACACUGUCAAUGAUGCUCAACUUUAUGGAAUGGCUUCAGACCCUCAGUUUUCAUUCGAAGAUUUCGUGACAUACCGACCGCACAUGUGCUUAACCGCACAAUCAAUUUAGUUUUCAUGAAACGAUGUAUGAUGCGACUUAGUCGCAAGCGUGUGGUCGCACUUUGUAUUGGUCUGUGCUUGCUUUAUAUAAGUACACAUUUCUUCUUCUUAAGUUCAAAUCAGAAGCAUUAGCAUGCUCGCAGAAAGACUCAGAACUCGCUUAACUCACCUCCUAAAAACGUGCGUAGAGAAACAGUAAAAAAUUAAUGACAUGUGCAGAACUACUUCCGCGAUAUGUUUGAUUAGAAAUUCACGUUGUAUUUGCUUGAUUUCUAAUCUUACAAAUCGGUAGUAGCUGGCUACUCAUUGCAAUGUUAUUUUUAAAGGACGUAAACCAUGAAAAAGUGAAUUAUAUUAAAUGCUUGCUAACCCACUACAGGAGCACAGACCUGAACUAGUUAUAAAAGAGAGCUAUCGAUAUCUGCCGUCGUCACUGUUUUAUAAGAAAGUCUACAAAAGCCAUCCCAAUGAAAGUGAUUUGUUAAAGACACCCAUUGAUAUUGUAUUAAUUAAUGAUAUACUAUACGUAUGUACCUAGGUAACGUAGGCAGGUACUGUCUCUGUAAAGGCUGUCUAUAUAUUCCAUUUUUUGUAUUUGCAAUAUUAGUUAGAUAUUAGUUAGGUCUUAGUGUAAUUAAUGUAAGAUAGAAGUAGGUAAUUUAAUUCUAAGAAUAAAAAUGGUUGUUUCUGUGCCGAUAAAAAUUGGAUUUAACUUCAAAAAGUACCAUAGUUACAUGAAAUAAAGCAUUACCUACUUACGUUAAGCAAUUCGACUGCAUGAAAUGUACAUGUUCAUAGAUACGACAAUGCAUAUAAAAGUACGUAAAUAUAGAUAUUACUGCGAAACAGUAACUGAUACGUCAAUAUGUCUACUUUCAACAAAAUUUUCAAAGCAAUACAAGCCGUUUAAAUUGUUAUUACCUUAUACUAAUAUCUUACCUAUUUCUAAACUAUUUAUAAGUAGAUAAUUAUGUGAUAUUCAGCUAUAAUAUUAUUGUUAAUGUAUUAUUCGAAGAAAUUGUAAACAUACAACAUUCCUAAGUUUAUCUUGGAAUUGAUAAAAAUUCAUAUGUUUUAAGUGCCUGUUUAAAAUUAAGUAAACUCUGAAAUAUAUCACGUUGACAUACUAUCUUUGACCUUCGAUGACCGAAGGCUACAACACUUUUUAUUCAGAACACAAUAGCACCUCUGGUGCAGCAGACGUUCAUAGACUACUUCCAUCAGGGGAUCAUAGGGUUAACUUUACGGUAUAAAACACUAUUGUAUCUAAGUAUAUCUGUAGGUACUAAAUGUACCGAGGACCAGUUUAUACUCCUUAGGUAUUAAUUAUUCAGUCCUCUAUAAGAGAAUGGAGCAAAUCCAUCUUCUAAGACCAUGUAGUGCAUAGUCCCUACGUGUGGCAGCUCCCCUGGUCACCAGGGUAGAAGGACUAAGUACAACAAUAUGUCCAUUCCACAUAGCAGCCUCCAUGUUGAAAUAUUUGUACGUAUUUUGUAACAAUAGGAAUCAAUACAGUUAAGUUAUAUUAAGCACCAACAGUUUCUUGCCAUGCCUGGAUAUCGUGUAAUAAAACUUGUGUACAAUACUUACGA